GUUCGACACGCUGCCGCACGUGCAGCGGCCGGCGCCGAAGCUCUGGAACCAGCAGACGAUCCGGGAGGACUUCCCCGAGGUGAGCUAUUGUGACAUGAUGACGUCAGACGAUGGCCUGUUCCGCUGGCUCGACUACAUACACAAGUACGGGCUGGCCUUCCUCAGAGGCGUGCCCUUGAACAAGGACGAGAUCAUCAAGGUCGUUCAGAGGUUCGCCUACGUUAAGCAGACGAGUUACGGCAUCACAUUCGACGUUGUCAACGAGCCGGACCCGGAAGCGCACCUCGCCUUCACGGGAGUGCAUCUCGAUCACCACACCGACAUGAACUACAGGGAGAAGUCUCCCGGGCUGCAGCUGCUGCACUGCAUGAAGGCAGACGUGCUGAGCGGGGAGGAGCUGGAGAACGUCGGGGGAGAAUCGUUCUUCGUCGACGGCUUCGCGAUCGCCAACUGGUUGCGGGAGACGCAUCCGGCGGCGUUCCACGUUCUCACGUCUACCGCAGUCAAGUUCAGCAUCGUUAAUAAGGGGCACCGCUAUUCACAGAAGGUUCCCAUCAUCUGUGUAGACAAGGCGGGAGAUAUCGAGGAGGUGCACGUCAACAACCGCACGAUGGGACCUCUGCAGGUUCCCAGCCACCUUGUGCUGCCCUUCUACCACGCAUACAAGAUCCUGACUAACAAAAUCAGAGACGGCAGUCACGAGCUGAGAUUCCACAUGCAACCCAAGGACCUCGUCUUGUUCAACAACCGACGCGCUCUGCACGGACGCACGCAGUUUGACCCUUCAAAGAUAUCCAGGCAUCUGAUUGGCUGUUACACUGACAGCGACGAAAUGAUGUCAAAAUACGACAGCUUCCUGAUUGGUUCACAUUGAGCGAUACGUCACAGCAUGGCGUCUUCCAACAGCCAAUCACUGAUUCGAUCGCACUUCUGAUAUUUCGAGUGGGGAGUUACCUAAAUUAAUGAUGUAUUUGCACGAGCUGGUAGUCAGCAAGGAGUUAGAUAUACACCUAUUUAUAACUGUAUAUCUAUUUCUUCCUUCGUACUUAGCUCUGCUGAUUUUGUUGUGCUUUGUGACGGUGUUGUGAAAGGGUUACUUUAAAAGUGACCGUUCGUCUUACUUAUUUAAUUAUCUACGUAAUCGAUAUCGGCAGAUAUCGGUGUUCGAUACUCACUGUAUUCACCGGACAAAUGUUGAUAAAGAAUCGUGAUGUCAUGUUGCAUUUAAUUGCGUGUGGAAAAAAUUACAUCUUUUUAAUAAUAUUUAGUGAUUAGCAUUAUAAUAAUUUAUGUGUUAAUAUCUAUAAUUUUCGAAAAUAAUGUUGAUCAUCAAGACGCAUUAUUCGCAAUAAUUUAUAUUGGUUACAUAUUAUCAAGAGUGCAUAAUAGAGAUAAUCUAUUAUGCACUCUUGAUAUUAUAUAUAUAUAUUGCAUUUUUCUUAUUAAUGCUAGCUUGUGUCGCGCGUGAUAGCGCCUAUGUCUGUGUUAAAACAUACUAUGUAUGUACUAUCACAGAGUGUGCUCGUGCAGCGAGCUAUGGUGACCACGUAUAUAUAUAUAUUAUAUAUAUAUAUAUAUGACUGUUUUUAGCUCAUCUUACUUUUAGACUAACAUGUGCGUCUGCAUCACUAUACUUUUAUUAUUUUUAUUAGAGGCCAGCACGGUGCACUAGUUCCAACCGUCUAACGAGCUAGGAAUCUUAGUUCUCUUAGAUUAGUGUUUCUUACACUUUUUCGAGUGAUGGACCCCUUUGAGAAUCUAGUGAAAGCUACGGACCCCUCAUCAGAAAAAUACACAUAAGCACAUAAACACAAUAAUUUUUAUGUGCCUGGUUCACGGACCCCCGGAAUCCCAUCGCGGUCAGUGGACCACAGGUUAAGAACCCUGUCUUAGACCGUGCAUGUCAAUACUGGCAUGUGAUCGUAUGGAUCAAUAUUGAUUAUCGAUGUACAAGGCUUGGGUAGUUUCUUUGCUUCCCGACCAGGUAGAGCCUCGGGGCUUGGUUUUACGGUACCUAACAAAAACGCGGGAGCGCCAUACAGAUAUAAUCAGGAGUAGAUAAUAGACUUCUAUUAUCUACUCCUGAUAUAAUAAUACUUGGUAGUGCCUCCUAUAUACGUUUCCAUGGUCAGGGUUAGGGUCUGUGUACGGUUCGAUAUCAUCAUUAUGAACACGAACAAGCGCAAGAAUACAUGAUAUUGAUUGAUUUACUGAUGAGAGCCGAUAUGAUUACUUAGUUUGUGAUUUACAAAUCUUGUGAUGAUGGCAACU